CACCGUUUCUUAAAAGCUUAGAAUUUCUUACCUCCGUCAGUUUGAGUGAUAAAAAAGGUGUAAAACGCUUCUUUGAUAAGGGUUCCAACCCUGUAUAUAAACGCUCCCCAACGUUCCCCAGUUCAUCUUUAGAUAUAACCGUUUGAACAUGGUUAACUUUUAGGUAAAUAUGGCGACCAAGAGGCCUGUUGUUGUUGAGGGGAAUACGCCAGGGAAGCCGGAAACUAAGCGCCCUUCGACCACAACUUCCACUGAAAGGUCAUCGCGAAAAACCCUGAUUUCAGAAGGAUGCAUCUUAAACAGGGCAGUAGAAAAAAGAGAAUGGUCUGAAGCAGAAAACUCCUCUUUAGUUCAAUAUAUUUGUCUGUUUUGGGAUGAUGCGGUUUCUGACAAGUGGCCGAUGCAUAGGGACUCUGAGUUUUGGGAUGCGUGUGCUAAUGCAGUGAAUAAAGCGUGUAAUUCUUCAAGGACGGGUUCUUCUUGUAGAACAAGGGUUACAAAACAUCUUUCAAGAAAGUUCAAGUCAUUAUCAGAGGCAGAGGAGGCACUUGAAGUGGAUUAUUUCAACAGCACGUUUGAUUUUAGUGAAGACCACAAGAGCACUCCUCAGAAAUCUCGAGAUACUACUCUAGAUGAACCCCUUUCACCAAUAUUCAGUUGCUCCCCAUCAAAGGAUGCAAGGCCAAUGGCAAGCAAUGUUGGAGAGUUGAUUAAGGAUUUUAUAGCAUGUUUCAAAUCUGCAAUUUCUCAGAGAUUGCAAACACAGAUUAUUUCUUAUUUUCUCAAGGUGACCAUUAUCCAGAGUGUUGGAGAGGACUUUUAUAAAUAUGUCAAUGCAGAUUUCCUCCCAUCAAGUUUGAGUGCCAUGAAAACAUUGUUCACUAACAAUAAACACAACUUGAUUUACUAUCUUAGUAAAUGUUUUCAAGAUUCAAAUCCACGAAUGCCAAUUAACAGAAUGCCCUAUGGUUUGUUAGAUUAAAACAUCCGAUUCUUUGCUAAGGGUAGUACGCAGAACCUUGGCAUUGAAGACCACCAUGCUUCAUGGCUGGAAACAAUGUUUUUGCAUUUUGGCCACAAGUGGCUGUGCCUUCAUAGGGGACCAGCUUGGCAAUGUGAUGUGGACACUCACAGUACCAUUGAGAGUCCCUUGCAGGAUAAUGAGUGCAGUACCAGUUCUGUAGGUACAUUGGAUGAAGAGGACAUCAUCCAAAUUGCUCUGCAAGAGUCGUCAUUGUCAGUAGAUGACCUAAACCUCUCAAAUGAAAUGUCAGAAGAUUCCUGUUGCAGUACUGAAGGUCAGGAACCUGAAGAUGAGGUACAUGUUCUGCAUUUGUGGACUCAUGUUUCUCAGUCAACAACAGGAGAUAGAGUUGGGUGUAGUUGCCCCUCAAGAAAUGGAAAAGUUUCAUCGGAUCCAACCCACAAUGAGUAGUGGACAGCAAAAUCCUGGAAUGUACAAUCCAUUGAAGGUGGAAGCACUUAAGAAGGCCAAAGAAUGUAAUCCACAGGGAAGGUGGUGGAUAAAAGCCGAGGCAUGUGACGUGAGAAAGGGCUUGAGAGAAAGUGUGCGUGGAAUCUGGGCUGGUGAUGAGGAUAUGGGGGAUGGGUCAUUGCAAGCAUUGUAUGCUGAGUACAUAAGAAGAUGUUCCUUUGUGAAGAAAGUGGGUACAUCUGGCAGGUCGGGGUUGAUUGUGAGAGAUGUGGAAAGGUUGCAGACAGAGAUGGAGGAGGACUUGGAAUUUUUAACAUCAGGGGCAGAGGCUGCUAAUGGAUUGUACAGUAAGGCAGUGGAAGGUUCACGGUCAUCAGACCGAACGAUGAUGGAAUUAGCUUGGACUGUUGUGGGUUUUGAAGAACUAAUUAAAAAAGUUAGAACUUUUCAAGUUCAGUUGAGUGUUUUUAGGCAAAUGGACAAUGACAGUGCAUUCACAGAUUUAACAUCACUGAAGUGGAACAUGUUAAGCUAUCUCAAGGAUCUGUUCACCAAAAAGGGUACUGCUACCAGCCAUAUUUUGGUAUUCAUGAUUGCUGAUGAAUUGCGUAAUCGAAAACCAUAUGCAAUUCCAGUGAAAUUUAUGCCAUACAAGUCCCUUACAGACUCUAAACUGAGAGAAAUGGAACUUCAGGUGGAGGAAGCUAUGAGAAAUGCUGGCAUGACCAUUGUGGGUUUUACAACUGAUGGGAAAUUUAAUUCCCUUCGAACUGCUGGACAUUUACGACCAAUUUCUGUGCUAGAGAUAAUUAAAAUGUCAAGAAAUGAAGCACGACACAUGAGUCCCAAUAGCAUUGCUCGCUUCUUUCAACUGAAUAGACAAGGAAACCCAUUAGGUCAACAUGCAGCUGUUUCUGUAGAGGAUGUCAUGUGGAUGCAUUCGCUCAUGUCACACGACUCAGUUCCAUUUGAGAGAGCCUUAUUUAUCCUGAGAAGAAAGCUGUUUCCCUUUAUGCAUGAUCCACACCCUUGGAUUAGAGACAAGCCAGAAGAAUCAGAAGAUGUGAUGAAAUCAAUAAUGGCCAUUUACUUGUACAGAAGAAAAAUUGAAGAUCUCAAACAUCACCUUAGUGAUCCUGCAAACUUUUUGGACUACCUGUAGCAACCAGAGAAAGGUGCUAAUGGUGAACGAAUCCACCACCGUGAAGACCAUAACCACCUUCUCAAACGCAUAGUGUCUCGUCUUCGUGAAGGCCUUAUUCUGGACAUUGAUUUAAGAUACCUUAGAGAUGCUCUGCAUGACCCUGCUACUGGUUUGACAUAUGAGGCGCUUACUGGGAAGAACAAGCAGUCAGUACCUGACUGUGAGCGGCUCAUUGGUCCCGGAGUCAUUUCAUUCCUUGAACGAAAAGGUCACAUAGGUGGAGCCAGCAUUAUCAGACGGAUCCACAACUGGCACAAAGCCUUUGAUGGGAGAGGACUUACCAAAGAACAGCGCUCGACUUAUUGUAGAGACAUGAAAGAGUGGUUGCUAUCAGAUUGGAUGCCAUGGUACAGUUCUCAACCUAACUUUAGCACUAUUGAUGUGAACAGGCCUAUAAAAGGGAUCUGUGGCUUUACUCAAGAAACUAUUGUAGGCCUGGUGGCAAACUUGGAGAGUAGAGAGUUACGACGUGUGGAAUACCAGAAGAGAGGGCUCCCCCCUGAACACCUGAGAGCAUCAGCAACUGAUGACGUUGAAGGAAUCAUAGCCCUAAAACAUGAAAUGCUUGGAGACAUUUUUGACGUUAAGCAAUUUCUGGAUGCACAGCCGAAAAUUCUGAGUGAAUUCAAGAAACGAAUAGACCCGGAUCUGGAAUUUUUUUACUGGUCAGGGGCUAAUGAACGGUACAGAGACUUUGAACUUCCUUCCUUUAAUGAACCAUCGGGAGAAGGGAUCACAGAGAGACUUGAUCAAAUCCGUUUGUCACGAAGGGGAGAUCCAGGAGUCUUUGUUGCUAACAGAGCUUCCUUACCCCAGAGGGGUCAAUUAACUGUCAGAGCCCAUUUUCAUAGAACCCCUGUAGAGUUGCCUCCACCUCAGCUGGAAGGACAAUAGUUAUUGCAGUCGGUCUCAGUUGUUCAAAGAUGGGCAAGAUUUGCAUUCAGAAUUGAAAGCUUAAAAAGCAUGCCAGGUUUAACUCCUUUUGUUUACAAGUUGAUGAUUGGACGCUCUACAAAUAAUCAUGUAAAAUAAAUGAGAAUAUCUUUUUUAAGACAAAUAAAAGGAAAGCCGAGUUUAAAUUAACCUCAGGGUACGCGCUAAUCAGCCUAUGAACAACUGGGACCUUUUGUAUUUCAAUAUACAUCACAACUUUGGGUUUACGUUACAUGCCCAUAUUUUCUUGGGCCACUAAUGGCUGGUGGGCAUCUGGUCAGUGCUUGUUGUGCUUAGUUUUAUUAUUUCAUAUUUUGGUAAGUAUUUAUAUUUGAAUUUUCUUAAUUAUGCAUAUAAAUAUGCUGUUGUACCCUGGCUUGAAUUGAGUAUAACAUGUAAGUGUUAAAAUAUUUUUUAUUAAAUGUCAUAAAUUACA